GUGAUACAUGCGCUUAAUUUUAAUCGGUAACAAACGAUAAUAAUAAUGAUACUACUACUACUAAUAAUAAUGAAAUAUAAAAGUAUUUUUUAAAAUGGCAUGUGUAGUUUAAAAUGAUAGAAUAAAAAACAAACAUAGACCUUAGUUCAUACAUAUCUAUGCCUUUGGUCAGGGUAGCGCCAUAUUUAAUUUUUUGAAAACGAGGCUGUGUGAGGCAUUGAAGUACAGUGCGUUAUGGAUUGUACUGUUGUUUGGCAACAUGCUGAUUUUUCAGUUGAUGGAAUGUCGUUCCAAAAAAAAUAAAUAAAUAAUAAUAAUAAUAAAAAACUUUAAGUAGACCAAAACAGCAAAUGCCAUUGUAAAAGGUCCGUACAUCACAGCCUCGUUUUCAUAACCGUUUAAUUCAAUAUGGCGUCUGAUUGUUCAUUAAGAUAAAAUGGAAAAUGAACACAAACAGUAUUUGUACACAUAGGAUCAUUGUGAACUUUUAAAUGAUGGAAAAAUAAGAAAGAAAAUAACAGUGACCUUAAUCACAAGGUGGACACUAACUUUGUCAAACAAACACAUGUCAAGCAAACAGGACAGUGUCACAGAAAGUAGGACAGAUCGAUGUGUCAUGACCCUCAAUAUACAACAGUACAAAGGACUCACUGAACCUGUAAAGAUUAGUCAGAUUUUCAUAGAGGAGUAAAAGGUCUUCCAUCCUGUCUGAGGACAGGCAGUUUGCGGAUCCCGACCCUCCCCAGGAUCGAACCUCAAGCCUGGAGGAGAGCAGCAGUGGGUCCGGCCCCUGGCAGACAGCUAGUCUAGCUGAGUCCUGGGCAUCUAUUAGCGGCAUGGAGCCAGAGCUUGGAAGUCUAGAGACCAGUGAGAUGGUCCUAGUUCAAGAGGACCACAGCGAGAACCACUCCUCCACCUCUGACAUUAUCCACCUAGAGGCGGAGCUCCAUCAGAGGGCGGAGUCAGAUGAUGAGGAGGAGGAGCUUCAGAGCAGCAUGCUGAGCAUGAUUGGCAGCGAGCUGGAAGAGAUCAGAGCACUUCCUGUAGAAUCAGAUCUCAAGCCUCCACAGACUGUGGAGCUCCUGAUGUGUGUGGAGGAGCCAGUUGUGGAGGAAAUCGAUGCAGAGGUGGCUUCUGAGCCGGUUUUCACUCACACUCCCCUUCUGUCUGAGCCUUUAGAUUUUACACUGGCCUCUGUUCCCAUACCUGAAAUUAUCUCACAGGUUUUAGAUUAUCUUCCACCCUCCACAGUCACAGUCUCAGAGGAACCUCGUGCCUCUGAAUCAGAGUCUAUUAAUGCACCUAGUGUGUCAGCGUCAUCUUCAGAAGAGGUUGUUCCAAAGGCAGACCCGCAUUCAGCUGCAUCCUUUGAACUCCCUGUGUUGCUGGUUGGUGGCGCCGCCCUGGUGGCGGUAGUGGGAAUACUCACAUAUACCCUGAUUAGAAAAUAGCAGGACUGUGUAUCUCUUUAAUAGUUUCAAAAUUGUACAACAAUUCAACAAAUUGUAUUAUUGACUAUGUGAUAUAAAGAUACGGUGGUAUUAAAUAUUGUCAUUUGUCUAUUAAACAGAGACUAAACACAGUCUGGAAGUCUGGAUCAUUGUUCACCUCAAAAAUCAAAAGAAAAAAAAAACACUGUAGUAUGUGUUAUAUAGUCUUUAAUUUAUUCUGAUCUGGAAAAUCAAGUGACAGGAUCAUUUUCAGUAAUACAAUACAAAUAUCGGUCAUUUUUUCUUUAAAAAAUUCAUUAAUUUAUUAAUGUGUUCGCAUU